AUGGCGCGAGCCAAAACGAAUGUUGUAACCGUCCAUCAGUUGCCGGAGACUCUCAAGACUGGCCCGACACUUAAUUCAAACCACUCAAUGGAGACGACAUCCGAGUCGUCUUCUUCUCUCUCUUCUGCCUCAACCUGUCCUCAUUGCCAUUCCAGCUUCUCAGAGAUGUCAUCCAAGGUCAGUACUUAUGCGCUUCAUCUCCAACAAUUCUUCUUGGUCUCCUUGACUGACUUAAUGCAGGAUUUCAACGAUCACGUGGCGUCAUGCACAAGACCCAGUACUGCGACCGAUGAUGAUGACAGUUCUGACAGUUCUCUGACGCCGCCACCCGAGUCACCGUCUAUUAUUAUCUUGAAAUACAGAAAAGCGAGGGUAAAAAGUGACUCGGUUCCCUCUGUCUUGUCUACGGUAAAUGAGGCAAACGAUAAUGUUGCCAAGCAUCAAGAGAUUAGUGCCACGAUAGAAUCUGACGAUGAACCCGAAGUCAAGCCCAUAUUGGCUUAUGACACCACGACUUUUGACUACUACGACAAAAUUGAUGACCGAGAAGAAUCCGUAGUUACUCGUCCAAAUUCGGAAGAGCCAGAACUUCCGAAAAACUCAUUUCUUAGCAAGCUUGAUGCAUCUAACGAGGAGAAAUUGGAGGCGAAGCGAUACCCAUUUCCUAAAUUCACUUCGAUUGAAGAUUUUGAAGACUAUGUCGCGAACGUUGAUGAAGCGUCAUAUGAAGAUCUAUAUGACCGCACCAGCUACAUUGCGGGCGUCUUGGUUGACUACCAGAAGGAAUGGGAUGAUAUUGAGAAAGAAAUAUAUAUACACGAGUCGUACGUCAAAGCCCAAGCGAAAAAGGUGGCCGAGGCAGCCAAGUUUGCCGAAGAAGAAAAGGCCAAGGUAGAAGAUCAGAAAUAUCUAGGAAUUGCGGAGGCGUACAAGACUGAGCUUAAACUGAGCCGAAGCGACUGGGAACAGUUUCUGGAACGCUAUGAUACUACCGACGCAAAGCAAAAUGACCUCGUUGAGCGGCUACGAAGUCUCCGCCUCCCCAAUUUCCUCAGUGCAAUACACAAGCGGCAAAAAGGAAGAGAACCAGAACCAAUCAAGUUAAUCGACAGACCUCUGAUGGCAGAGAGAAUCACGAAAGAAGAGUUAGCCAUGGACAAGCGAAAGAGAGGAAGGCUUAUAGAUCAAAUCACGUUUGAAGACAUGAAGCAUGCAGAUGUUUACGGCUUCAACUACUCAUCGCAACUUCAUCACGUCGGUAACCAACCACAACCAUCAUAUAGCGGUAAAUUACAGGCCAGAGGAGAUGCAUCCGAAGAGGGACGUAGCCGAAGUCAGAGAAACAAGCACAACAAGUCUUAUGAUGCAGAACGAAGCGACACCCCGGAGACAGAGAAUGACGAGCUUCCGGCAAAACGUGCUCGCAAACCACGGAUGAAUCUGGACAUGGGGUUAGAGCCUCAGGGUCGGACAAGAACUGGCCCUGGCAGCCGCAGUAGCACCCCAGCUGUUCGAACGUUUCCAUCCGGUAAGCGUGUUGGGAGGCCACCAGCAAAGUCUAAGCUCGCGGAUGUUCACCUUCCACCAUUGUCAGCAAGCCCGACUUAUGAGGAGGGGUCGAGCACGAGAGACUUUCUAGAAGAAGAUGUGAACAAUAAUCUAAAAGAAGCUGCCAAAUCUUUGUUCAACCAAACACGUCAAAAUGGCACGCCAUCAACCAAUGAGAACGAAUCAACAGGACCAACCACCGCAGAGCCCACAAGACCGUCGUCGGCGUCGUCGGUGAAGAGCCCAAAGAAACGGAAACGAGAAGCUCAAUUUACAGAUGUUUUCCCCAUCGCCCCCUUGCCUGCAGCCCCUGAAAACAUGCAAAAUACUCCUAUACUGCCUCCUCUACCAUCGGUGGCAUUUGCCGAUACCCCGCCCUCGUCUUCAGGUGGAGUGAAAAGGAAGCGCAAACCCAAGGAGCCGGAUAUCGAUGAGUCAACGCUGGACCCUGAAGCUGCUGAAGCGCUGCGAAAGAAGCGAGCGAAGUCUGCUAAGCUCUCCGAAAGUCUACGCAAAAGAUGGCAGAAAGGUCAAAUGCAAGUUGCGAUGGAGUCUCGAAAGGCUACGAAUGCGUUGAAAAAGGCGGCAAAAGCUAACGCCAAAGCUGAAGCUACCAGCAACCCUCUACCAAUGCCCACCUUCGCGCCUGCCCUCGCUCUUAACCCACCUAUGCAAUUAAACACGAUGCAGCAUCAAUCCUUAAUACCUGCUCCACCAACCGAUGCUCCGCCGGCUAAGCGAAAAUAUGUAUAUAAAAAUCCCAAGAAACCGGCACUCGAACCUUUGCAACCCGUUGCAACGCCUGCUCCACCUCCCGCUCCGCUAUCAGCAGAGAAAGGCAGGUCCUCUUCCAAAGGAAAAAAACGUGCGCCGCCACCUCUAACUACCCGACUACCAAGCUCAAGAGCCAGACGGCCUGCGCGACGAGCUUUGGGUAUGGACGGUAUCGAGGAUGACGAGGAAGAGGAAGAGAUAGAGCAGCAGUUUAAAAGUGAAUACGAUCAUUAUCAAGCGCUGACUUCCCCUGGGAGCCCAGUCGUGCUUGGAAAGAGAAAUAGGAAGUCGAAAAUAAAUCUGGCUGCUGCUAUGCAUGACGAUGAUAUAGUUGAUGACGAUGAGGAAUAUUAUAGUUCUUGA